AAGCAAAAAAUAUAAAGUGGAAUAUUAAUCCUAAAUAUUAAGGGGUAAUAGUGCAAAUUGAUUCUGGGUCCCAUAAUAUGCUGUCGCCAUGGAAGCACACGCACUCACAGAUACAAAAAGAAAUGGAAAGAACUGAGAGAGGUGCACAAAAUGUAGCAUCAGAUCACCAGCAGAAUCUGGGAGCUGCUCUUGCCAUUCCCCGAUGCUGCUGUCGCGAGGCAGUGGGGUGCCUGCGUGGAGGGGGUGACUAUCCACGUCUGUGAUUAGUGACCACGAGAAUGCUAGGAGAAGGGGGGUUGGGGAUGGGACGGACUUGCUGUAGGAGGAGAAGAAAGAGGAGGAGAAUGCGUUGCCUGUGCACAAUUGGAGGCAGCAGGGAGUGAAGCAGCAUCUGUACGAGGAGAGAGAAAGAACCUGCAUGGAAUGGAGGAGCUCUAGAGCAGCACUGCUGUCGUAAAGACUCCCACUGCCUCCACCACCGCUGCCACUCUGGAUUGUGUGUUAAUGGAAGAUACUCAGAGGAGCUCUGUAAUGCCCGAGGGACCAGCUGUGUGGAUCCAGCGUCACCUUUGAUAUGAUGCUGAGAGCAGGAGGGGCAGCCACCUCUCUCGGACUGCUGCUGCUGCUGCUGCUGUGCUGCUGCCACCUGUGCCACUCACUGCGGGUUCCAAAACUCUCCUCCUUUGCAAAAGCAGAGGACAAGCUGUUCAAAUACCUCUUUGUAAACUACCAGAAAUGGGUCCGUCCAGUGGAAUACCUUAACCAGACGAUCCGUGUGAAGUUUGGGCUGGCCAUCUCCCAGUUAGUUGAUGUGGAUGAGAAAAACCAGCGAAUGACAACCAAUGUGUGGAUGAAACAGGAGUGGCUCGACAGAAAACUCAGAUGGAACCCUGAUGAAUAUCUGGGCAUCACAACUAUCCGAGUCCCAUCUAACAAGAUCUGGCUCCCUGACGUGGUACUCUAUGAUAAUUCAGAUGGGCGUUUUGAGGGUACUGUCACCAAGGCAGUUGUUAAGUAUGAUGGAACCAUAUCCUGGACGCCACCAGCCAACUACAAGUCAGCUUGCACCAUUGAUGUCACCUUCUUCCCCUUUGAUCUCCAGAACUGCUCAAUGAAGUUUGGCUCCUGGACAUAUGAUGGCUCCCAGGUGGACAUAAUUCUGGAGGACUUCCAUGUGGACAAGCAGGACUAUUUUGACAACGGUGAAUGGGAGAUAGUGAAAGCCACAGGCAGCCGUGGUCUAAGGACAGACGGCAGCUCUUCCUAUCCCACCAUCACCUACUUCUUCAUCAUUCGCCGGUUGCCUCUUUUCUACACCCUUUUUCUCAUCAUCCCCUGCAUUGGCCUUUCUUUCCUCACCAUCCUUGUCUUCUAUCUGCCCUCCAACGGCGGCGAGAAGAUCUCCCUCUGCACCUCAGUUCUGGUGUCGCUCACAGUUUUCCUCCUGGUCAUUGAGGAGAUCAUUCCUUCGUCUUCGAAGGCCAUCCCUCUCAUCGGGGAGUACCUGGUCUUCACUAUGAUCUUCGUCACGCUCUCCAUCAUCAUCACCGUCUUUGCCAUCAACAUCCACCAUCGCUCCUCUUCUACCCAUCACGGCAUGGCACCCUGGGUGAGGAGGAUCUUCCUGCAUCGACUGCCUAAGCUGCUGUGCAUGCGCAGCCACGUGGACCGUUACGACCCAGCUGGAGUAGCCAGAGCAGGAGGAGCAGUAGGACAGGGUGUGACGGAGGACUCAGCACCUGAACUGACACCUCUGCUCUACACCAGGCAUAACCUACAAGCAGCGUUGGAUUCUAUUCGCUACAUAAACAUGCAUGUAGUUAAAGAAAAUGAGGUCAGAGAGGUGGUUCAAGAUUGGAAAUUUGUAGCCCAGGUCUUGGAUCGAGUGUUUCUUUGGGCCUUCCUCCUGGUGUCGAUCCUGGGCACCGCUCUCCUCUUCAUCCCAGUCAUUUACAAGUGGGCCAACAUCAUUGUCCCUAACCAUGCUGGAAGUACCUUCUAACAGCCACAGUUCAACUUACCCCAAAUGGAGGCAAAGCACAUUAACAGCUCGUUAUGGGUCCCAUUGGGAGAUUUGAAAGACUUACCACUCAGAUACGGCCCUGCGCUGUUUAUCCACAGUCAUUCUGUAAGCCACAGCUGUGCCAGAGAUCCAGCUGCAGAUUUGGGGACUUGAUUGCUGAGUGUAUCUCACAGACACAUGUUUUUUGUUUGUUUUAGAGAUAUUUUGAAUUAUGUCACAGUGAUUCAAGUUAUGACACAGUGAUGAAUAUCAAUUCCAUUUUAAUUCAUUUCAAUAUAACUUUAUUUCUUUCUUUAAUUAUAAGGUAGCUUGCCACCCAGAUUGGCAGAUACACACACUAGUUAGACAAACAAUAGUUAGGAGAAGAUCAUCAUUCUCAUUUUACAUUUUGCCUAAUACUCUAUGUGUGCAUAUCAGCUAAGUAUAACAUUUGGGAAAAUGAUCACUUUAUCAGUGGGGCAUAGCUUCAAUAAAAGUGAUGGUUUAACUUUGCUUUUCUGUAAUUCCAGUUCACAAUUGUGAUCAAGAGCAAGAACAAGGAAGUGAGAAUAGAACAACAUAUUCCUUCCUUCUAAUAAAAGACGUGUAUUUUAA